AUGAGCUACUUCCCUAGCCCUGCUGCUCCCGUGAGCCCGCUCAACCGUUACCGGUUGCUGUCACCAACAGCCUCCGUCAGAGUCAGCCCACUGUGUUUGGGUGCCAUGAACUUUGGUUCAAAUUGGAAGGACUUCCUGGGAGAUUGCGAUAAGGCAACUUCGGAAGGCAUCUUGGACUUUUUCUACGAGCAGGGUGGCAAUUUCAUUGACACCGCAAACAACUACCAAUUCGAGGAAUCUGAGACCAUCAUUGGUGACUGGAUGAAGAAGAGGGGAAACCGCCAUGAGAUGAUCAUUGCAACAAAGUACACUACCUGCUACAAGCUGGGCCCCAUUCGUCCUCAUAUCGCAGCCAACUUCACCGGAAACGGAACGAAAAGUCUUAACGUAUCUGUUGAAGCCAGCUUGAAGAAGCUGCAGACUGACUACAUCGACUUGCUUUAUGUGCACUGGUGGGAUUAUGCCACUUCUAUUCCAGAGCUGAUGCAGUCAUUGAAUAGCCUUGUUGUAUCUGGCAAAGUCUUGUAUUUAGGCAUCAGCGAUGCGCCCGCCUGGGUGGUGAGCAAGGCAAACGAAUAUGCCCGAAACCAUGGGUUGCGCCAAUUCUGCGUUUACCAGGGACGUUGGUCCGCCGCCAAUCGUGAUUUCGAGCGCGACAUCAUCCCUAUGUGUAAGGAUGAAGGCAUGGCUCUCGCCCCUUGGGGAGCACUCGGCGGCGGCAGAUUCAAGACCGAGGACCAGCGCAAGGCCGAAGUCGGACGCAAAGUACAGGCUACUGAAGUCGACAUUCAGGUCAGCAAAGUGCUUGAAAAGAUUGCCGCACGUAAGAACACGGUUAUUACGAGCGUCGCCUUGGCAUAUGUUGCUCAAAAGACACCCUACGUCUUCCCCAUUGUUGGCGGAAGGACUAUUGAGCAUCUCAAGCAUAACAUUGAGGCCCUUACCCUGCAGCUGACUGAAGAAGACAUUGAAGAGAUUGAAAGCGCUUACCCCUUCGAUAUUGGAUUCCCGAACAGCAUGCUCUGGGGUGGGAAACAAGGUCCAUCUCAGCAGAAGAUUUGGCUCCUUGAAUCUGCUGCUCACUAUGAAUAUCUCCCAGAACCCAAGCCCAUCGCACCGACAAAGAUAGGAGAGUAGAGCGUCCGCUUUAGGUCGUCGUGCUGGCGAUGGUUGCCGGGACGCCAAAACAAUCAGCAUAUCCAUUGUGAUCACGGCAUGCAUACUGGUACCGGCCCUGGCUGGUGAAUGGGGGGAAAAGCGAAAUGGUUCUAGAACCGUUGAUGCAGACAUCGUUGACCAUUAUUGCAUUAUUUGGGUAAUGAGAAAUGGAGGGGCCAAGGAUACGCAACCUUGAACUAGGUGCUACUUGCUUAGAGCAUUUGAGUUAGUUGUAUUAGCAUAUGAAACAGCAAUUCAUCGCUUC